AAUGGGUUGCAUACCCAAUAUGUCAAUAUUUUGACAGUUUUAAAAUGUGAGGUUCUAUCAACAAGUCAAAGUGUUUUUGGUGUUUUGCCUUCAAUGGAAUGUUUUAUUAGCUCCAAAAACGUGGUCAAGUUGUGCCGUAUUUGCCUCACAUCUUCAAACAACCUACUAUCAUUGGACUCUCCAGUCACUGGAAACAACAACGAUUUCGCAAACUCCAUACACCACCUCAUUGAAACCGUAACUUUGGAAAAAGUCAUAGAUGACACACUACUACCAUCGAAAAUUUGCCCAAUAUGUCUCAGCUACUUGAAAAUAGCGUUCGAAUUUCAAACACAGUUCAAAAAGUCGCAGGAAAUUUUGCACAAAACGCUAAAAAUUGAGGUACCACCUAGAAAUAACAACACGUCGGUGGUGCAACAACCUGUGUCCACACCCACUGUUGAAUUAAUCUGUGGUGAGAGUAAAUUCGAUUUGAACGAUAUUAUCAUAAUUGAGGAGAAUCAAGCCGACCGGACGUCUUUCCAAGGCUUUUUGAGUAACUUAGGUACGGAAAUAUCGGCCUCAUUCCUUGGCGAAAGCCACAAAAAUGUUCAAAUUCCCGAACCAGUUGAAAACGACGUAGUUAUAUUACCAAUAAAACACGAACAAAAAAUAGCAGACGUGGAACAAGAUGUGCUUGAUAUCAGUCGCUUGAGCGUAACAAAAGUGGCCGAAGAGAGCAAAGUUAUAAUAAAAAACAAUAACAAAGUCGUAAAAACACUGUACGAGUGUCAGACGUGUAAAAAAAUUCUUCCAAAUCGGCAACAAUUAAACUUUCACUUUUCAACCCAUGCAAAGCGAACGUGUUACGUUUGUGACAAAUGUGGACACAUUGCCAAGACACGGUCUGCCUUCCGCCACCAUUUAGCCAAACACAGUGGGGUUGUGUUCAAGUGCGAGUAUUGCGGGAAGUGCUUUGACGGUAAAUCGCACUUUAAAAUCCACGUGGAAGCGCACAAAAACAACCGGCCGUUUUUGUGCAACGUCUGUGGGAAAACCUUCAAUUACAACACGUCGCUCAUCUACCACAUGAGGAUCCACACAGGGGAGAAGAAGUACGUUUGCAGCUUCUGUGGCUUGAGAUACCGUAUGGGGACGACGUUGAAAAGGCAUGUGAGGACGCAUACGAAAGAGCGACCGUUUGGGUGUCAAUACUGUGUUAAGAGGUUUUCCUCGAAGAAUGAAUUAGUUAAUCAUGAGAUGGUGCAUCUUGGGAUACGACCGUAUCAGUGUAAAUAUUGUGAGAGGUGUUUUACUAAAUCGGUUAAUUUGGAUACGCAUUAUUUGACACAUUCGGGGCCGCAUGAGUGUCAGUAUUGUGUUAAGACGUUUCUUGAAAUUCGGUUUUUGAAGAUGCAUCUGAAGAGGGUGCAUAAGGAGUUGGAAGUUAUGACUGACGAAGUGGAAAAUUAAGUCUUGUACGCAUAAAAUGUUUUUUUAAUUU